UGCAAAUGAGGCCACAUCGGCAGUGACGCGGUCCCUAGUGUUUCCGGGCAACUUCGCAGAGAAGAGACUAGCGAAUAAUAUUUCAGGACUAAACAACGAUACAUACGUUGACUACAGGUAGUUUGUCAGCCACGAGGGGAACAUUGACUAUUUAGUACUUCAUAUUUUCCAAGUUUGAAGACCUAACAUAAUAAAAUGGCUGACCAACUGACUGAGGAGCAGAUUGCUGAGUUCAAGGAGGCGUUCUCACUGUUCGACAAGGACGGCGACGGCACCAUCACCACCAAGGAGCUGGGCACUGUCAUGCGUUCUCUGGGACAGAACCCUACUGAGGCAGAACUACAGGACAUGAUCAACGAGGUAGACGCUGAUGGUAAUGGGACGAUCGAUUUCCCAGAGUUCCUGACAAUGAUGGCAAGGAAGAUGAAGGACACAGACAGCGAGGAGGAGAUCAGAGAAGCCUUCAGAGUCUUUGAUAAGGAUGGGAACGGCUACAUCAGCGCGGCAGAGCUGCGGCACGUCAUGACCAACCUCGGGGAGAAGCUCACAGACGAGGAGGUGGACGAGAUGAUCCGCGAGGCCGACAUUGAUGGAGACGGACAGGUCAACUAUGAGGAGUUUGUGCAGAUGAUGACAGCCAAGUGAAGUGGACUGUGCUCUCACAUUUCUCUCUCACAUUGCUUGUCCUCCUAAGAUCACUCUGUCUUUAAGAAAACAAACCAAUAAUCAAACCAAAAUGUAAAACAAAAAAAUUAUUCAAUGUACAAAAUUCUUUAAUCAAAAAAAAUCCAAAUACUUCUAGGGGAUCUGUUUUAAGAGCGACUGCAGAUGAAUCCCUAACAGAUGUUAAUGGACCAAGCUUUAACGAGGCGUGAGGCCCUUACUCCAGAGUAAGAUCCUUCGGAGGCUCCCAGAUGCCGACUAAAUUUGAGGAAAGGGCAACACGGACGAGGCAGAGGGAUAGGAAUCAGUCAUGUCACAACAAGGUGGUUCUGAUCCCAUUGUGGAUUGUAUACACACUGGAGGUAUAUACAUAAAUAUAUAGCUAUGCACUGAAUGUACAGAACAUUGGGAACACCUUCCUGAUAUUGAGUUGCACCCCACCCCCCCACUUGCCCUCAGAACAGCCUCCAUUUGUCCGGGCAUG